UAUAAAUUCCUUCAUUUCCACGUUGAUUUCUGGCGAGCUUUUCUGAGAUAACCUCACGGUUUGGGUUUGUUAGACUUCUAGGAGAACAACCAAAUCAGCGAUAAGACCAUACAGAAGUCGCCUGUCAUCAACGUUCUUGCUCUGAACACGACAGUCGUGUGACGCCUAAAGAAGGAGCUGCCUUAGAAGUUGAACAUUGUUUGACCUCAGUACACGACCAGCAGCAGCAGGUGACUUCUACUAGUACUUACAAGGUGUGGUCUAGGGGGAGAACAAUCUAGAACAUCUGCUCCACACCAUCACGGCUCCACUUCUUGUCCUUUUUGUUGGAAGUACUAACACGACCCCCGAUCUAGAUUCUUGUGACGAGAGCACAACUGGUAGUACAGCGUCUACGUCCACUCCGACCAAGUGGUAACCCACAAAGAUUAUGGCCGUGAGUAUUAAGUCAUAGGUUUUUUACUGUUGCAGUUGCUGCGGCCUGUGUGUACCACUAAGAAAGGACACUUCUCGUUGGGGGAGUUCCCAGCUAAGUAGAGCGCCUUCUUUUUCGCCCGGCUAGAGAAGCAGUAGUAGGUGAGUAAAGUUCGUGGGCUCGGGGGAGUGUCGCGAGUGACGCGCUUCUGCUUACUUACUACCUGGCUAGGCUGUCCUUUCUGGUAGAAGGUUUUCUCUUCUUUUCGGUUUUACUCGACUUUUAUCUUGCUUGCUGACCAGUCGUGUGCCAAAUUUCCCUCUCUUUCUUGUGGCUUGUUUAGAAGUAGUAGCGCGAGGGCAAGUCCUAAACGACGCAUCGGAGAGCGAGGAGCGACGAGCAGCAGCGCAAAGCUGCGUUAGCAUGGCGUCGCCCAUCAAGCGCCCCAUCGGUCCCCGGACGUUCAGGCAGAACCUGAGGACGCAUACAAGCACGCAGAUCCGCAAGGAAGUGUAAGCGCAUCACAGAGAAGACAACAGACUUUAGCAGGCGAAUGGCCUGCCAUUGAAGUCGCGACCUUCGUGGUGGCGUGUGCGCAUGUCAGCUGGCUGCGCGAGCUGUGCUGUCUCCACGUAUGUGCAAGAACAAUCUGCGGACAUCUGCGACGAAGUCUGGGAGUGGCAGCAUGGAAACAGCCGCAGACGGUACAUGGCAGCGCCAUAUAGCGCCACCAAGCAGCUGAACGGCCUUGAUUGCCAACCUGAGAAGUUAGCGACCGCGGUGGAGAGAGAACGCGUGGACGAAACGGGGUGGCUUGUUACUACGGUACGGCUCUCGAAUUGAACGGACUCGGUGGCGAGGAGCCAGGGGGUGAAGUAUCGAGAGCGCUCGUCGAAGGGCCAGCGCCACCCAGGGACGCCAUCACGCAGGCCAGCAGUGGCUUGCACUUGUUGACUGCUCUAGGUGCGGCCUUAUCCCCGGCUCGUGCGUUCUUAGUAGACUUUAAAUACUCCGGCGGAGGGGCGCAGCAGAACAUGGAGCGAGGCAGAGCGUCCGCAAGUGGAAUGCGUGAGGCCAUGGCCUGGCGCUGGUUCUAUACAGGCUAGGCAUGGCAUGGCUGCGAGUGACUACAUGCGCAGGCUCAGGCGCGUGCUGGAAUACGCGAAGGAAGUCACCACGCUCCCAGAAGAAGACGAAGCAGGAGGAGGCGGCAAAGUGAGUCAGAACGCCGCGGGGCUUUUUAGUAGCUUCCCUCGGCCAAUUGAACAAGAGCACCGUGAAGGACUUGGGUGCCAGUCUAGAGGAGGCAGGCAGAUUCUGUGGCCACCUUUCUACAGCUGAAGGCGAAGCACCGAGGGCGAGUCCCCGGCGCCCCGGCGGGGCCAAUAAAGGCUUUUUGAUUCGAAGGUUACGGAUUACUUCGACGAAAUCAACAAGAGGAGAGGGCGCAGUGUAAAGAAGGGGCCAGGGCUUUCGCGUUCAGCGCCGCUGCUGUUGUUUUUAGCAACGGCGGACGCCCUGGCGCCGCGUAUCGUGGAGCAAGAGCUGGCCCUCGCGGAAGUAGUGAGGGGAGCAGAGGGACUGGCGUGGCACUUUGGGAACUUAGUCUAGUGGGUGUGCGGGCCUCCGAGCACUACGCUCUCGAGUGGUAACGCCUAGGCACAGGCUGGAGCUGUGGGGCGCCGCCACUAACUUCCAGCGUGUUCCCUUAUUGUGUCUUCCUCGCAAGGCCGGCGCGCGGCUUUCUCAGCUGGGCGACUUUCUUAGCCAGACUGACUCGCCGAGCAUGGGCACACUUCCAAGCGUCUCGUGGACCGACAGAAGACGCAGCACGGCAAACAAAGCGCACAACAACACAACAACCGCCACCCAUACAAGAGGAGGCAGCCCCCUCCCCCCUAGUGCAGUGAGUAGCCUCUUCUCUUUAAUAACAGCAAGACACUGCGCUCCUCUAGUAGCGCCCCCCAAGAAGAAGGGCCUUGCGCUACUUGUAAGCGGUGAAAGUUCGUGCUGCAUCCAUAUGCUGGCCUGAGCAUGGGGGCGCACGCUGGCACCAGUUUCCGCGAGCAAUCUCAGAGCCCACGACAAAGAGCGCCCAGGCCAGGUCCAUUAGGUUAGUCUUCUCUUUUGUUUUCUUCUCGGUUCUUCUUCUUCCUCCGUUUUUUCGCGUGUCAAGCAGUUGCGCAGAAGUGAGUCCCUCGGCGCCACGCGCGCAGAGUCUCGGCCGCAGAAUGAGAGCAGGCGACGAACCUUCUCGGGCGUGAUAGCAUUCAGCAUCAGCGACAGGGCCUCCGCGUUGUAAUAUUUCAAGCACAGGAGGCCGCUGGGCCUCGAUCUGGAAAAGAUAGAAGAGGGGACGCUUCUGGGCUGUAUAUAGCUACCCAGCAGCCUAGCAACUGAACACCCAAGAGCUAUCAGCGCGCUGGAGUCACAGAAACGAACCAACAGGAUUUCGCCAUCCAAUGGCCUGACAUCAUCGAACCGGUGGAGCAUGGCGGCGCCAGAGGUAGUAGCUGCGCAGCAGGAUCGAGCUGCGCCGCAGCAGCGAAAGCUUGGGAGGCGUUGGGCUCUUGGAGUUUCGUCUGCGAAGGCUUCUACGGCAGAAAGGAAGACCAACCGCGUCGAAGGCGGCGCCUAUCUCAAGUCGCGCGAAGCAAACUCCAUCUGGGAAGUUUGGAGCGGCGUAGUAGAGUAAUUCGGCGGCAGGAGUCGCGGCGCCCUUGCGGAGGGAGCGGCAGAACCGUUGGAAGCAGCCGCCAGGAGAGGCCAACAGCAAGGGAGGCUAGCGGCCCUCUGCUUCUGGGCUCCUCCUGAAGAGGAUCAGCCAGAGCAGCAGGACAGGCCCCCGGGCGGCAUGUGUAGCGUGUACAGAGCCCAACUACUACGAAUUUGCGGGGAGAGGAGUGCGCGCCACGGUAGCGGCUGCGCUAGCCCAGCCAUCUCUGACCAGCUCUGGCUUAUUUCUCUCGCCUCUUGUUGCAGAUUCGAGCCGAUUCGCCUCGGCCCGUUUUCGCUGUGAGUGACAACCUGCCGCCCCCCUUUUCGCUGGCUUCGCCGUCUGGUUUUAAACUGCCGACCAGCCACACGCAAAAGCAUAGAAAGACGACGCCGAAGAUUGUGAGUCGCGGUAGAGCGGCAGCAGUGUCGCAAGGUAAUGGUAGCGCGGCGGCUGGCAGCUGCGUGGGCGCCAGCUCAAGGGGCGGCGGUAGUAACAUUGUCAAGAGGGCGACGCAGUAAAGGGCACGCUGCCGCCUGUGGUUGACUAAGAAGUGACCAAAACAAGAACAGCGAAGCGGGCUAAUCCCUAUGGCCCGCGCUGUCAACGCAUGGAAGAGAUGCGCAAAGCGCCACGCCCGAAGCGGAUCCAAGUUGGGGCAUUGAAGUAGGCCAGGCAUCGCAGAACGAAGAGUCAAAGCGCACAAGGCUCACGCGCCAGAGAUUGGCUCUGCAUGACGCUAAGAGAUCGCCAAGCCUUGCAAGUUAAGCGAAUGCAUCCACUGAGUAACGAGGGCCACAGUGACAAUCUGCGGAGGUGGAAAUCUAUGGGCGUCACGCUGUGGAUUUUGACCAAUGUGACAGACAACAGGAGGGGCCACUUCUAGUAAGGAGCAAAGUGCCCACGGCUCGACAGAGCUGAUCAGAAGGCUCUGGACUUGGGCGCACUGGGCCGCACAUAAGUAGCCAGAACUUGCGGAGAGGUAGAAGAAGCAGCGAAAAGCCUAGCCAGGAACGAAGUCGGGGCUAAGUCGAAUGCUUUUUGGCAGCACAGCGCUGCAGGCAUAAAGCUUUCUUUCUUGGAGCAGGACUGCUAGCGCGCUAGAGAGGGCGGCGGCCUCUCAUUCUUCACGGCAGAGGCUAGCCAAUAGCCAUCAGCCGCCUCGCAAUACAAAAAAUGGAAAGGCAUUCACUCGCAUAGAAGGGGCAGAAGCAUGCGACGACGGCGCAGCAGCACACAAGUCCGCGGCACUCUCUUGAAGGGCUGACCAGUAGCGCGCAGCGUAGAGGCGCGGCGAGUGAGCCCAAUAGCAUGGGCGCAUGCGGCGGAUGAGCGCGCCCACCCUCAUCCUCAGCAGUCGGCGCUUUUGCGAUCAGGAGCUUGGGGAGUGGACUCAUAUAGAUACUUAAAAGUAGUAGAGAGGCAAGCCCUCCCCCCCUGAGCGACAGGAGAGUGACCGUCAGGGUUGGCUGCCUUGUCGCCGUAUUAGUUUCAGCUGUACCCCGCCACACAUAGAGAGGCCCCGCCCCCCGCAUGACGUGAGGGGGCCACUCGCAUCAGGUAAAGGCAAGGCCCAAGAAGGUUCGCGACUGGGAGUCCUAAACUGAGUCACGGGAAGAGCCCACCAAGCGUGACUGGCUCCGGCCCCCACGGUGUGGGCGGCGUCGCUCUUCCUCAUAUCAUCCCCGGAGCCGGAAGUAGAUGUGCGGCAGUCGUAGCUGCGGGGGGGUCGGCGCCUUGUGCAUGCAAACUGAUCGGCUGACUGCCUAACUUUAGCUGGAUGAUCUUCACUGGGCUAGGCCAGCCGGGGCACAGGCGUGCUUGCAAAGUCCAGAGGUGGCCCUGGGUCUGAUUUGGUUCCUCCGUUAUCCAGCACCGCCGCGCGCUGGGCGGCCGCGUAUAGUUGACUGGUUGACUAGGGGCUGGGGCCAAUCUUCAGCUAUCAAUGAUAGCUAGCGGGUUAGGGGCUGAAUUUUUCGAUUUCGUUUUCCCUCCAAAUGCGACCGCCUGAAGAUCGUAAACGCGGACUGUUAAGACGAUAGUGAACCCAAGUACAAGUCGGCUCACAGACAAGAGCAACAUCGAAGACCUAUUAUAUCUAAUAACGUGUUGCGGCAGCGUUCCUGUGCGCAUGGGCUGGCCCGUUGCAAAACGACAGCACAACGCUUGUCUCUGCUCGUUCUCUGGUUCCUGCUUCACGCAAGUGUCGGCGUUGUGGCGAUUUCCAAAGUCGACCUGCAAAAGCCCGAUCAAGACCAAAUUAACAGGUUUUUUCCUCCUGAUAGUAUGCUAGGAAUUCUCGGAGCACAUUAUCAUGAUAGAAGCGGCAGCGGUAACAAGUUCUCCCCGUGGCACGAAUUCACAUUCGAAUUUGAUUCCCCCGCAAGAGAGCCGUACACCCCGAUUUUUCCUAAUUGGAAUGAGCACGGAGAGCCUCAAACAGAAAACUCAAGCGGUUUGCUUCCCCAUCUGGGACAGAUGAAGGUGAUGAAAACCGAAGCACCUUCAAUUAAGAGAUACUAGAGUUUUUCAUUUUCAUGAUCGCAGUCUGAAGGAGAGUAGGGAAAUAGAUCUCCUGACUUUCAGAGCAAUGGCAACCCGAGGAGGGGGGCAUGCCAUUUACUCAAGGUGGAACGAUGAGAAAGUAUUCAUUUCCUUUGGUCUUCCUCGGUCUAUCUCAUCAUUUCUAAUUCAAAAAUUGUUGGCGUGCAGGGUGGAGAUGGUAAAGAUCCGAAAGCAACACUACUGCAAAGCGGGACGUUCGGUCGGAUAUUCGGCCUUGUAACAUAUUCGAUUUCGAAGGAUUCAACGAGUGCAGAACCUCAAAAGCCUGAAUCAGCUCUGAAGCACGUGGUGGUCCUGCUGCACAAAGGAACAACUAUCAGCGAUCUUUUUUCGUCUGGGUAUCAUCAGCUUGAAUCCACCGAAAAAGGAGUUUCUUUUUUCGUUCCGAAGCGUUACGAAGACGUCAAAAAGGCCCUACUGAAACUUUUUCGGGACGCCGACAAGAACAACAAACCUCUAAAUCCGGACAUCAGAGAAGCGCUUCGAGAAGCUUACGUAGCCCUUCACGUAACCAAUCAACCCGGUGCAAAACACUGCUGCGUCGAGACCCACUACGUGCGCGUCGCUUUUUCCGAAGUAUCUGACUUCGGAGAGGUUCAUCUUCAUGCUCAUUUUAUUUACUGCAUGGAACGCAUGUCAGAGAGCCUUUCCAAGUUGUUCUCAAAAGACACUAGCAAACGAGAAGAAGCACUAGAUUACGCGACUCGGAUGUCGUUGUUCGUGAAGGCAAUUGCGGCAGUUCAUGACUUUCACAAAGCAGGAUACACGCACGGCGUACGGCACAAAAUUUGUGGUCUCUUAAAUGCAAAGCCGUAGCAAGUUUCCAGUGGAUGAAUGUGACACACCAAUCCCAUUUUUCAGUAAAAAUGACUCAUGGUCAAGAAUUGCUUUUUUUCUCACAGUCCAUCGUUCGAAUUCUAUGUCUGUGUCAACCCCGCCUCUCUCCCCCCUCUCCUUCCCCUUUUCAUACAUCGAUAUCAAGUAUGCGAACAUCCUCGUCGGUUUCUCUGCGAGGGGCACGGACAAGCAAACAGUGGAAGCAAGCAUGAUCGAGGUGGUGAAGGUUGCCGAUUUUGGGACGGCGCUUCCCGUCGACCAGAUGCGAUCUUUACGGGACGGCUACACACGAGGUUUCGCAGACCCUCGACUCCAUGGCAUGUUGGGGAAGG